AGGCAUUACGACGGAAUACCUAUCAAGAUAGUCUGUACGAGAUAGCGACGUAUUAUUUCGAUGGACACGGGAAGGCAGUUAGACCAAUGGUCACUAUAUUAAUGGCCAGAGGCUAUCAAUUAUCAUAUAUGCAAAGAAAAUGGUGGUCUUAUGAAAUCCCAAAGAGAGGUGGCGAUGAUUUCGGAAAUGAUCCACACCGCGUCGCUGGUGCACGAUGACGUCAUAGACCAGUCAGACUUCAGGAGAGGAAAACCCAGUGUCAACGUCAAGUGGAACCAUAAAAAGGUUACGAUGGCGGGUGAUUUCAUCCUAGCAGUAGCUUCCAUGAUGAUUUCUAGAAUAAGAAAUAACGAUGUUACCUUAGUACUAAGUCAGGUAGUAACGGAUCUAGUCCAAGGCGAGUUCAUGCAAUUAGGAGCCAAGGAGACGGAAAACGAACGAUUUGCUCACUAUCUCACCAAAACAUAUAGGAAAACGGCCUCGCUGAAAGCCAAUUCUCUCAAAGCGGUAAGUUUUAAUUUAUAUUCCCAGCAUUUUACGGAUAAAGCAAUAAAUUUAUUUGACAUAUAA